AGAAGCAGAAGAAGAGAAGUCUGUGUGAUCUGAUCUCUGCUCUGCUAGUUAGCCAGCUGCUGUAACUGUGACAAGCGGGUUGUGGAGCACAACGAUCAGAUGCAGGCAGCUCCGGACAUGAAAGGUGUGUGUCCCUGCCUUCAGUAGCAGUGAUGGAUGGAGAAGGCCAGAGAGCUGCUGCAUCCUGGGAGAAUGGUACUCUGGCUCCAGUGGACCGCCUUCGCUCUGAGAGGGCAGACAGCCCCACACCGGGUCUGGUGGAAGGAACUGAACCAGGUGCUGGCCAGAAGAGUGCUAUGUUUGUGCAUGCGCAGUCCUUUGAGGAUCUGACGGCCGAGGCUGAGGAAGAAGCUCGGAGGGAGACUGAACUGGACAAAUCAGGAGAGUGCGCAGAUGAUCUCAAAGCGCUGGAGGAGCAGCACAGCAACGACGUUUCAUCAGAGGCCAGGACGAAGGAGGAGGAUGUGUCCAGCGAAGCGUGGAGGAGCCACAGAAAACAUGUGUUUGUGCUGAGCGAGGCCGGAAAGCCAAUCUACACCCGCUAUGGCACCGAGGAGGCUCUGUCCAGUACCAUGGGUGUGAUGAUGGCCCUCGUGUCCUUCGUCGAGGCCGAGAAGAACUUCAUCCGCUCCAUCCACGCAGAUGGAUGUAAGGUGGUUUUCCUCACCAAGAGUCCGCUGGUCCUGGUGGGCGUGUCCCGCACCUGUCAGUCAGACAAGGAGCUGCUGCGGGAGCUGCAGUACAUCUACUACCAGAUCGUCAGCCUGCUCACCCUCACCCAACUCAACCACAUCUUCCAGCACAAGCAAAACUACGACCUGCGACGCCUCCUGGCCGGCUCCGAGUAUCUCACCGACAACCUGCUGCAUCGCUUGGACCGCGACCCCGGCCUGCUGCUCAGCGCCGUCACCUGCCUGCCUCUUCCCAGCUCCUCCAGGGAUGUGGUCUCAUCGAGCCUGCAGGCCGCCAAAUCCAAAAGCCUGGUGUUCUCCAUUCUGCUGGCAGGAGACCGCCUGGUUACUCUGGUGAGGAAAAAGGACCAGUUCCUGCACCACAUAGACUUGCACUUGGUCUUCAACCUGGUGGGCUCCUCCUCGUCCUUUCGAGAGGGCGAAGGCUGGACGCCGAUCUGUCUGCCAAAGUUCAACACCGCAGGAUUUUUCCACGCUCACAUUUCUUACCUGGAGCCCGCGUCCGAGCUCUGCCUCAUCCUGGUCUCAACUGACCGAGAGGACUUUUUUAACAUGUCCGACUGCAAGAAAAGGUUUCUAGAGAGGCUGAGUAAGCGCACUGCCUACACGGCCCUGAAAGAGGCACUGAAAUGUCCAAGCUACUCUGUGGCGCAGGUCGGCAUCCCGGAGCUCAGACACUUCCUGUAUAAGUCAAAGAGCUCGGGGCUGUACACCAGUCCGGAGUUUCCAGAGGUGUACCAGUCUGAUGAAGAGCAGGAAAGGCUGAUGGGUUUGUACCAGGACCUUCACAGCUGCCUGCACCAUCCAACCAGACCUCUCCGCUCCUUCUACCGCUGUAGUGAAUCUGAGAACCUGCUGGCAUGGGUGACAAGUGGCUUUGAGCUCUACCUCUGCUUCAGUCCUCUCGGGACCAAGGCGUUGGCCGUCUCUGCUGUCACCAAACUGCUGAAGUGGAUCAGGAAGGAGGAGGAUCGCCUCUUCAUCCUGAGCCCUCUCACAUACUGAGCCCUCUGCUGCCACCGGCUGACCUUCUGAGACAAAAAAAAAGCAUCACCCUCAACACCGACUGGCCUGGUGCUAAUAACGGCUGUAGACGAUGCAGUAGUCUGUUCAGUGUCUACGUAUGAUUAUCAAAGCUAUGCAUUUCUUGAUACCGGGUUCUCUUUGAUGUAAUUCACAGAUUUGUGAUGGGAGUAGGUAUCACAACAGAGAUAAAUUAAGGCUGUAUUUUAGCUGGCUAGAUUUUUUAUAAUUUUUAAUUUGGAUAAAACAGUGUGAGAUUGAAGCAGCAUCAGCACCAUCGCUUACCUAAUAACAACAUACUGUAAAUGAUUAGUUUUACUGUAAAGCUUCCCUAAGGAUGAAAAAUGCUGUCUUUGUCUUUUUAUUGCUAUGAACUCAGUUCUUAAAAAUCAAGAAUAAAAAUUGACUUUGAAAACUGGAAUUUCCUCAAGACCUGCCUUAGAAUGUAUUCUCUUGUUCCCAGUCAUCCUGUCCUGAUAUGAGUUAACCACAUUCCUGUUUUCCCUUCACAUAAUGACCAAUAACUAAAGGAAUCAUUGUGUCCCUUUACGUCUAUGCACUUUCAUGUUGCGAAAGGCACUCCCAAGAGAAAUGUGUUAACGAGUUUACUGCUGUCAGUUGUAUUAAAAUAAUAUGUCGUUGUCAGUGUGAAGGAAUUUUAAUGUAUGUACAUUAAUCUUUCAGUGUCCAAUAGCAUUUUACUUUGAAUAUUCCCAUACUGAUAACAGUAGAACUGUUGUGUGAAUCUGUCCUGCUUGUUGUCUAAUCAUAAAGGUUCAUUGUAUUUUAUGAAAUCCAGCUUUGCUUAAGCAAUCCAGCGUUACCUCUUCUGCUUCCACUAAUCAUGCCUUAACUAAUGGCUGUUGUGCAAAGCCAAUAUAAGGUUGUAACAGUGCAGGUUUACUGCUGCCGCACAGUUUCAAGAUUAUAUAUUAAUAAAUGACAAGUAAUAA